GGCACCGAAGAUGGCAAACCUCCCGUAUGACCGACUAAGUAUGGAUCCACCCUUCACCAAUGUUGGCCUAGACGUGUUUGGACCUUGGCCUGUGGUUGUCCGACAAACCAGGGGAGGCCGUGCGCACGGGAAACGUUGGGCGAUUAUGUUCACCUGUCUGUCCAUCAGAGCUGUCCAUAUUGAAGUAAUUGAAUCUAUGGAUACUUCCUGUUUCAUUAAUGCUUUCCGACGUUUCAUUGCCAUUAGAGGACCUGUCAAACACAUUCGUUCUGACCGAGGCACAAACUUUGUCGGAGCAGCAAGAGAACUACAACUCUCUUCCAACUUGGAUGUUAACAACAUAGAAAGAUACCUCAGUGAACGAGGAUGUACUUGGACCUUCAACCCACCACACUCUUCUCACAUGGGAGGUGCUUGGGAGAGGAUGAUAGGCAUCGCACGGAGAAUCCUCGACUCAAUCUUCUUACAAGAAGGAUCUUCAAAGCUGACUCAUGAAAGCCUGACUACCUUCAUGGCAGAAGUAUCGGCUAUCAUAAAUGCCAGACCGCUAACCCCGAUUUCUAGCGAUCCUGAUGACCCAACAGUUCUCACACCCGCCACACUGCUUACCCAAAAGACUGAACAAAUUUGUGCUCCAUCUGGAGAAUUCAAUUCCAAAGAUCUUUACAAAAAUCGAUGGAGACAAGUACAGAGUCUCUCAAACUCGUUCUGGGACAAGUGGAAAAAGCAAUACAUUCCCACUCUUCAACCGAGGAGAAAGUGGCAAACCAACAAGCCUAACCUCCAGACUGGCGAUGUAGUCCUAAUGAAAGACUGCCAGUCACGGAGAAACGAGUGGCCGUUAGGACUUGUGACUAAGACAUUCCCAAGUAAGGACGGAAUUGUACGCAAAGUAGAAUUGAAAAUACGGAGACAGGGAGAGACCAAAUUGUUCCUCAGACCAGUAGGAGAACUCGUUCUACUGUUUGCACCAAAAGAAUACAAUAGUGACGUCGGUUGACGUCAAGCGGGGAGUGUUCUGUCCCCAGAUUCAGUUCCAGUUGUUUCUGUCUCUUUAUCAGUUGACAUGGCAUUUUAACUGUUGUAAUUCAUUUGCAUUACAUUGUG